AUGGGGCCCAUCUACCACCUGCUCGGCCUCACCGUGGGUUGCCUGCAGCACGAUGCGGCAUUCCUCUACGACCCCGAGCUGACCGACGUGGGCCGCGGCGGCUACCAAUACCUGGUUCCGGUGUCCCGCGCAGAGGCGUACCGGGCUGACAUCCUCUACGGCACCAACAACGAGUUUGGCUUCGACUACCUGCGCGACAACAUGGCGGUGAACGCCGAACUCCAGGUGCAGACCCGUGCCGCCGACCGGCCGGCGCAUCACUUCGCCAUCGUUGACGAGGUGGACAACAUCCUGAUCGACGAGGCUCGUACUCCGCUGAUUAUCAGCGGUCCCGCCCAGCAGCCGGUGGAGCACUAUUCCAACUGCGCCCGGCUGGCGCCCCGCCUGCGGGAGUACGAAGACUACACCGUGGAUGAGCGCACCCAGGCCAUCUCACUCACCGAGGACGGCAUCGGCAGGGCCGAGAGGCACAUGCGGUACGUGGAGAACGCGGUGGUAGCCCAGGUGCAGAAGGUCAAGGACAAGGACUACGUGAUCAGCGACGGCGAGGUGGUCAUCGUUGACGAGUUCACCGGCCGGCUGCAAUACGGCCGGCGCUGGUCCGACGGGCUCCACCAGGCGGUCGAGGCAAAGGAGGGCGUGAAGGUCCAGCGCGAAAGCGUGACCUACGCGACCAUCACGCUGCAGAACUACUUCCGGAUGUACCACAAGCUGUCCGGCAUGACCGGUACCGCCGUCACCGAGGCCGACGAGUUCUACAAGAUCUACGGCCUCGAGGUGGUUGCGGUUCCUACGAACGUUCCCAUGGUGCGGGACGAUUCCAGCGAUUCUGAUCUUCCCCACUGCGGAAGGCAAGUGGCAGGCGGUGAUAGACAACAUCGUCCAACGGUCGGAUCGGGCCAACCGGUGCUGGUCGGCAACGAGUCCUCCAUCGAGACUCGGAAUCCCUCAGCGAUCGCCUGCGCCGUUGGGGGCGUGCGGCACAAGGUGCUCAACGCCCGCAACCACGAGCAGGAGCGACCAUCGUCUCCCAGGCCGGUCGCGCCGGCACGGUCACCGUGUCUACCAACAUGGCCGGGCCGGGGCACCGACAUUGUGCUGGGCGGCGCGGACACCGACCGUCAGGACUGGCAGGAGGAGCACAACCGCGUCAUCACGCUGGGGGGCCUCCACGUCAUCGGCACCGAGCACCACGAGGCUCGGCGCGUCGACAACCAGCUACGGGGGUCGCGCCGGGCGCCAGGGCGAUCCCGGCAGCAGCCAGUUUUUCGUCGCCUUGAGGACGAGUUGAUGCAGCGCUUCGGCGGUGACCGCAUCAAGAACGUGAUGAACUGGACCGGCCUCAACGACGACGAGCCGCUGGAGAACAAGCUCAUCACCAAGUCCAUCUCCAGCGCGCAGGUCAAGCAACGCUCCGUGAUCUACGAGCAGCGCUCCCGCAUCCUGGCCAGCCUGGGCCUCCGCGAGCGCAUCCUGGACAUGCUGGGCGCGGAGUUUGACCGGCUGGUUUCCGCCCACCUGCAGGCCCGGCACGCCGAUGACUGGGACGCGGACGGGUUCGUGGGCGCGCUGCGGCAAAUCUGCCCGCCGCCGGAUGAGCUGGACACGCCGGAGAAGGUUCUGGCGCUGCGCCGAGAUCAUAUCGAGGAAAUCCUCGACGGGUACGCGGAAACCCUCUACGAGGCCAAGGAGCGCACCCUGGGUCCCGAGGACAUGGAGACCCUGGUACGGCUGCUGCUGCUCAAGUCCAUCGAUACCCACUGGGUCAAUCACCUGACCCACAUGGAAAACCUGCGCACGGGCGUGGGGCUCCAGGCCGUGGGGCAACGGGACCCGUUGACGGUCUAUCGCUCCGAGGGGCAGCGCGCCUUCACGGAGUUGACCCGCCAGAUGCAGCGAGAGGUUACCCACACGCUCUUCCACGUCACGUUGGCUCCGGAAGCGCCGACGACCCGGGCUCAGGCCAACGGCAGCGCCCGCGCGCCGGUGAGCCCCAUGGCCGCCGUAUCGCCGGGCCGGUCGACUCCCGCACCGCGCGCCGGCCGCAAGAUCGGCAGGAACUCCCAGUGUCCCUGCGGCAGCGGCAAGAAAUUCAAGCGAUGUUGCGGUGCGGCUGCCUGA